ACACACAGACAAUAGCCGUACGGUACAAUCAAAACCUCUCCAUUUUUCCCAGUUUCCCUUAUUCAACCUCAGAUCCAAAAAAAGAUGUUUAAACCUAUUGUUUUCAUGUUCAUAUUCACAAAGCUGUUCUUUUCUGCAAAUUCCAAAACACAUCCAGCUGAUAUAAAAGCACUCAAUGCUCUCAAAAAUGGCGUCGACCCUCGUUCCAUUACACCUGGAUCUUGUUUAAGUUCAUGGGAUUUCACCAUAGACCCAUGUGAUAACAUCUUCACCGAUCAUUUCACUUGCGGACUCAGGUGUGACCGAGUCGUUUCAGGUUUGGUCCGAGUCACUGAAAUCACCAUUGAUCCUGUUGGUUACUCUGGUUCACUCACUUCAGUUCCAUGGAACCAUCUUCGUUAUUUGAACACGUUGGAUAUAUCAGAUAAUUCGUUUUCCGGGUUGGUUCCGAACGAGUUCUCGAAUUUAACUCGUUUGCGUCGACUCGGUUUGUCUGGCAACUCAUUCGCCGGCGAAAUACCUUCCGUUCUUGGCUCACUUCAUCAGCUUGAAGAACUUUACUUAGAUAACAAUCGGCUCCAUGGAGCUAUUCCUUCAAGUUUCAACAACUUAACAAAGCUGAAACGACUCGAAAUCCAACGGAAUUAUAUCUCCGGCGAGUUUCCCGAUUUGGGUUCACUUAAAAAUCUUUACUUCAUCGAUGUAAGUGAUAAUAAUAUCUCCAGUGGAGUUCCGUCGACGUUGCCAUUAUCGCUUGUUGAGCUUUCGAUGGGGAACAAUAAAUUAAAUGGAAAUAUUCCCCAUGACAUCGAUAAGGUCAGGUUCUUACAAGUCUUGGAUCUCGGUCACAACAUGUUUUCCGGCACCGUACCGUCAGUUUUGUUCCGGCAUCCGUCCUUGGAACAACUCACGCUUUCUUACAACGAGUUCUCGUCAUUACAAGCACCGGCAGUCGACAUAACUUUAAACAGCAACUUGAUAGCUCUCGAUUUAAGCUACAAUAAGCUUCGAGGUUUGUUGCCGACUUUCAUGGCGUCGAUGCCGAAGCUGACGGCUUUGUCUUUGGAACAUAAUGAGUUCACGGGCAUGAUACCGGCUCAGUACGCCGUGAAAGCUGCUGUUGCCGGGAAUGACAAUACGUCGUCGUUCGAGAGGCUGUUGCUCGGUGGGAAUUACUUGUUCGGACCGAUUCCGGGGCCGUUGUUGGGUCUUAAACCGGGUUCUGCUGACGUCAGCCUGGCGGAUAAUUGCUUGUAUCGUUGCCCUGAUGCCUUCUUCUUCUGCCGCGGCAGGGAUCAGAAAUCGGCGGUGGAUUGUAAGAGCUUCGGUCCUACUAUUCCUUAAGAGAUCGACUAACAUUUGUAUUAUAUUUGGCAUUGUUCUUAUUAUCAAUGGUUUACAAUAGAAAUUUUAGAAACACAGUUUUGUACCUUUUGUAUGCUGUUUUACAUUUUUUGAACUAAAUCUAAAAAUCAGAGUUGAAUCCAACUUUUAAAUCAAAUUAAA